AUGGCACCAUAUGACUUUUCCCGCAUUUUCCCCCAUCCCCCUAUGACCCCUACCGUAACCCUGACUUUCCCCGCCAUCUCGUGUAUCGAUACUCGCCAUUUCCCCGCACUCCCCCGCACUCCUCCUUGCACACGCCCCUCCUCGUUACUCGUCUUUGAUCCUGUUCUCGAUCCACGAUCUGAUGCUAAUUCCUCUUUUCCUCCCACCCCCUCCUCCUGUCCUGUCCUCAUGCCCUGUGACCCUGCACUCUCUGCUCUGCUCUCUACUUUCGACUUCAUCGCACCCUCCCCUACGGUACUGAUCCCUGACCCCCUAUCCUCCCUGCACUCCCCACCUCUCGAAUUCCACUCCACGAUUUAUGUUCCCCCAAUUCUGUUUGGAUUCCCUGUCCAAUGCCCCACCCCCCUCCCCACCAGUGUCCACCGACUCUCGCAGCAUUUUGACUUCGGAGGUCUCGUGUCUUGCCGAUCGACCGCACUCGUCUGUAGCGCUCAUCCUUAUUUUGCCGUGCUUCUUCCAUUCUCGAGACCAGGGGAAAUCGCCCAAGUCCAGCCCAAUAGACCGCUUCACCAGCUCCUGCUCCGCUAUAGCAUGAUCCCUGUCCCCGCGCCCCUGCCGCAUCUUGCCGCUUCUCCGCCCUCCCCUCCUCGCCCUCCCCCUAUAGCCCCUCCCCCCCCCCUUCUCCCACCCCCCUCCCCCCUUGCCCCCCCCACCCUCCAAGGUCCCGUGCCCGCUCCCUGCGACGGCGCCCUCUGCCUUUUUCCUCGUCCCUCCCCCUUCUCCCGCUUUGCGACACAACAGUACCACACAGUUCUUCUUGAAAACAAAUACCAGCCUCCAAAGCCACGAUCCUGCGACCAUCAGCUCUCCUACCCGUCCAGCUCCUGCAUUGCCUUCAGCCCCCCCCGGACCCACCCGCGAGCCGGGAUCCGUCCUCCGGCCCUCGGCCUUGCCGCUCCGUGCACAAGGCCCUUUCUUAUCGCGUAUCAGACGCAAUGCCGGUUUCCUGGACACCAUCUCCCUCGGCCUCCUGUAGACAAACCGCCGUAUCAGACCAGUGAUCUGGAGCUCUGUCCCCCUCUGGCCCCGAUGUCGAUGGAUCCUCGCCAGCACCCCCCCCGACAGACAGCCCCCCGCCCCCCCCCCCCACCCGGCCCUCCAGCCCCCAGGACACGUCCAGGCACACCUAAUAUUUCUGACCGAUCGAAGCCCGAGUUUGAGGCGCUCGUUGAGCCCAGAGCAGCUGAGGCAGUUAGAAAAAGACUUUGGACGGCAUGCAGCUAUCCGGGUCAACAGAAAGUUCACCGUGACAGUUCUGUUGGAUGGCCGGAAGCCUAG